AUGAAACUUUUGAUUAAAUUCAUCAGAAAUCCACCGAUAUUUUACCCGGGAGAUGUUAUUGAAGGAAAUGUUUGCAUUGAGAGCCCAACAAUUCCAUCACCGAAAGAAGCAAAAGUAAAGAUUCUCGGCGAAGUGAAAAAUGUUUGGCGAACUGAUACAGCUUUCUACAAAUCACAUCAGGUGAUCAUUUCCGACGAGACGCAAAUCCCAGCCACUUCAUUGGCGCGACUCGAUGGCCCCGAAAAGAGAUUGGAAUUUCCGUUCAGUUUUCACCUCCCAACCUCCUGCCUUCCAUCAUUUAAUUGUGAACCAUAUGGAAAGAUUGACUUCUCAGUCUCUUUUGUUGUUGAUUGCCAUUCGAUGAGUAGCUCGAUCAAAUCGAAUUUCACAGUGUUGCACAUAGUCGAUUUACGGCCAAGACACGAUUUGCGAGCUUUAAAAAUUGUGGAGAGUGACUGGAAAAGAGGGAAAAAUGUCACAAUAAAGUUUCAGGCAUCUGUUCCAAGAAUUUGCUAUUUGAUCAACGAGAUUGUGGAGCCAAAGAUUACGAUUGAAAAUCUAGAUCAAGAUGAGAAAGCAAAGAUCGUGGUCUCAUUGAAGGAAAAACUCCGUUUCAUCGCUUAUGAAGGACCACAAAAAAUGAGACCGAGUGAGAGAUUGAUUAAACGGACACUCAUCACAAAAACCGAGAUUCACUCCAACUCGUGGCCAAUCUCAAUCCCGAUUUUGAUCCCACCACUCGUGCCUGGAUUCGCGUGUUCAAUUUUGACAUUAGACUACCAUUUGAAGAUUAAAAUAUUUUUGAACAAAGGUGGAUAUGCUUGUCUGAGAAUCCCGCUAGUUGUUGGCAAUAUUAAUUUGGCGGAUGGAAGAAAAAGGACAUUAAGCUGUAUCGAGAUUCCAAAUAUCGGUCAAACAUGGAGUACAGAACUGCCGGACACCGAUUCAAUGAUCGAAUCAAAAGCUGUCGAAGAACUCGAUGUAACGAGGUUACCAAACUAUCGUCUAAAACCGAGUCGAAGGCGACACUUAUUUGGGUCCGAGCUCCAAGAGUACAAGGCUUUUCGGAGUCAGACCGUCGUCGAGAUACCGGGAAUCGAUGCUCUCAAGCAACUCGGGAGACGAAGGCGAAUCGAAAGCCGUUUAUACGUUCUCACUUGGGAUUAUUGUGUCACUUGUUUCCCGUUUAUUUGCCCAUUUUUCAUUUUCCUAAUUCUCGGAUUGAUCUUGUUU